AUGGAGUGUGAGCGAGUGGGAGUAACAGUAAAAUCGGAAGAACGGUGGAUUAUUGUGUCGAUUAUUGCGACAAUUGAGGGCCAGGACACGUUCGAAAUUAAAAUCGAACUUGAUGCUCGGUCAGCUGCGCCAAAACUCGGAACAUGGCUUGCUUUACUGCCGACUGGUGAUGGCAGUUAUAAAAUCGAACGGAGAUGUCGGGAACCAUUAUUUCCGACGCGGAUUUAUAAAGAUAAUGUUAUGCUGGUUACACUGAUUUACUUUCAAGCAAAAGGGGAAGAAGGAUAUGGUGAUUGGGUCUGGGCUCCGAAGCUUGGCCGAGUGGCUGCAGUAUGUCACGAGAAUUAUGAAUCAAAUCGAGCUUAUCUGGCUCUCGUAGCGAGGACAGCAGCAAAAUAUCGGGCUUGUAUUGAAUAUAAUUGGAUGCUCACAAAGUAUAUCGAGAUGCCCGGCUCGGAACAUGUUUUUGAGAAUAUUGGCCGUAGCAGUUAUGAGAGCAUUUCGGACAGUGAUUCGUUGCUGGAAGCGUUAAGCAGUGAUAGCUCUUCGUUUGCCCAAACAUUGACUAGUAAGGUGAUUGUUGAAGGUGAUUUGAAGGCCGAGCACAAUUUGAUUACUGAGCCAAUUAUUGUGCCACUGUCGACAGACGCAACACUGGAAAAUAUUGAAAUAUUUCGGGGAGUGGUUGCGCUACUCAACAAUAACUUAGUGGUUGUGCAACCGAUGGGACGCAUCGGCUUCCUCAAAAAUAACAGGUCAAAAAUGUGA